AUGAAGUCGCCUUUCACAAUGAAGGAAAUACAAAGCCUGACGGGCAGAGCAGCGGCUCUUAACAGAUUCCUCUCAAAGUCUACCGACAAGUGCAGACCAUUCUUCAAAGCUUUGAAGAAAGGACAAAAAGACAAAUGGGACGAAGAGUGCGAAGUAGCUUUCCAGAAUCUAAAGACCUACCUUACUUCACCUCCCUUGCUCUCAAAGCCAGUUCCUGGUGAAGACUUGUUCGUGUACCUGGCAGUGUCCAACUCGGCCGUCAGCUCAGCUCUCAUUCGAGAAGAACUUGGGGCCCAACAUCCGAUAUUCUACACGUCAAAAGCUCUCCUCGAUGCAGAGACUCGUUACCCGAAAUUGGAGAAGCUCAUUUUGGCCCUUGUGCUGAUCACAAGUCAAGCCUCAGGAGAAUACAUGGCGAAGCACCCAAGGAUGAUCUUGUACCUUGACAAAGUUCAAGAGUUGUUGAAGGCGUUUCCCACCUUCACCAUCCAGCAAGUUCCUAGAGCAGAAAACGCGCACGCAGAUGCAUUGGCAAGCUUAGGAUCGGCGCUGGGUACCCAGUUCAGACGCUCCAUCUUGGUCGAGCACCUUGACCAGCCUAGCAUAGAGGAGGCAGAGCAGCCGGACCUGAUGCAGAUCGAUGAGGAUCCGAGCUGGCAAGACCCAAUUAUUGACUACCUAGUGAAUGAAAACCUGCCCAAGGACAAGUCCGAGGCCAGAAAAAUCAAGCAGAAGGCUGCAAGAUACUACAUGAAAUGCGACAUGCUUAUCCGCAGAUCAUACUACGGGCCUCAUCUCACUUGCAUCAAGUACCCACAAACGCUCGAGGUUCUCUGCAAGAUACACGACGGCGAAUGUGGAAAUCACGCUGGGGGCAGAUCGCUUGCUCAGAAGGCUCUCAGCAUAGGCUAUUUCUGGCCUACCAUGCGCCAAGACUCCACGGAGUAUGCUCGAAGAUGUGAUCGAUGCCAACGCUACAAGCCGGUCCCUGGCCUGCCCGCUGAGGAAUACCAUCCACAGAACAGUCCAUGGUCAUUCAUGAUGUUGAACAGUUCAUCUGGAAGGACAUUAUUUGCAUAUUCGGUUGCCCGCAAUUGA